ACACUUACAGAAAGAGGUGGAACCGGUUGGGGUUUUUAUAAUCAUACAUUCUUUUAUUGAGCAUGUCAAGAGUGUCUGAGGUAUCAGAGAAAAGAAUACCCACUAAGCAAGCAAGACUCAGACAAGGACAGCUCUGAGAAAAAUGGAUCCUGCCGAGAGCUCCAGAUUUCACUUCCAUGCAGUAGAAGAUGUCCCCGCAGAGCUCUCGGGCAUCCCACAGCUGGAGGAUGAAGAUGGGGACCUGGGAGAAACCUUUGAUUUUGACAGUGAUGUUGAAGAGGAAGGUCAAGGGACAGAUACUGAAGUCCACCUCAGACUAAAUCCUUCAUUCAGCACUGGCCAGGCAUCACUCCCAACACAAACAGCGGGUGCACCAGACCAGCUCUGCCACGGUACAGAACAAGUUGUUCCAAUAUCGUCCUCCAAGUCUCUCUCACGUAUCAGUCAUGAGGAGUCUGCAGGGCAGAAGAAGCAUGGAAUUAGUAUCUUCAGCUUGACCAAGGAACUCCUCAAGAAAGGCUCCUCAUCGGAACACCUAUCUGGAUCUCAAGAGGACGGUGUUAUUUACGACGACGUUCCAGGUGAACACGAGGAUAAAGAUGGGCUGGGAUACAACCUGAUCUACGAGAACCUUCAGCGCGACAGUUCUGAGGGUGAUCUUGGGGACACAGGCUGGAGCUCCAGUGAGUUUGAGAGCUACAGUGAAGUCUCUGAUGAGGAGGAGCAGAAACCAAAGCCAGCUAAACCUUUUGUUGCCUUCCAGCCCAAGAUGACACAGCUGAUGAAGGCCGCAAAAAGUGGUACGAAAGAUGGUUUGGAGAAAACACGUAUUGCAGUGAUGCGAAAAGUUACCUUUUUACAUCGUAAAGAAACAACAGGAGACUCAGGGGAAGAGGACAAUGGCUUCCUGGACUUCUUUGACUUAGAAGCUCCACCUUCAGAGCUCGGCCCAAUGCCAGAGGGUCUCAGCGCCCAGCAGGUUUUGCGACGUCACAUUUUGGCCUCUAUUGUCCAGAGUGAAAGAAGUUAUGUGGAUUCUUUGCAGCGAGUUCUGCAGGAUUACAGGAACCCACUCAUGGAGAUGGAACCGAAGCUUCUCAGCCCCCGGAAAUGCCAACUUGUUUUCUCAAGAGUGAAGGAAAUUCUCAACUGUCAUUCCCUCUUCCACAUCGCUCUGUCAUCUCGAGUAGCCGAGUGGGACUCGAGUGAGAAAAUUGGAGACCUGUUUGUGGCAUCGUUUUCCAAGUCCAUGGUGGUGGAUGUAUACAGCGAAUAUGUCAAUAACUUCACCAACUCGAUGAACGUGAUCAAGAAAGCCUGCCUGACAAAGCCUGCGUUUCUGGACUUCCUGAGAAAAAAGCAGACAGCUAGUCCAGACAGAGUCACUCUUUAUGGGUUAAUGGUGAAACCUAUCCAGCGCUUCCCUCAGUUCAUCCUACUGUUGCAGGACAUGCUAAAAAACACACCGCGCGGGCACCCAGACCGCCUGUCGCUGCAGCUGGCGCUAACAGAGCUGGAGACGCUGGCGGAGAAGCUGAAUGAGCAGAAACGUGCGGCCGAUCAACUGGCAGAAAUCCAUCAGCUGUGCAAGAGCAUCAGUGACCGUAGCUCUCUGUAUAAGAGUUUGAAUGACGGUCAGCAUCAGCUUCUGCUUUGUGAGACAUUCACUGAGAUGGUGUAUGGGGAACGAGGUCAGCUCUUAAAAUCCAAGGAACGCAGACUUUUCCUGCUAAAUGAUGCACUUGUGUGCGCUAACAUCAAUUUCAAGGGUCAGCCAGAAAUUGGUAAUUUAGUGCCACUUGGUCCACGAUAUGUUCUCAAGUGGAAUUCCUCCUUAACCCAGCUACAGGUAGCAGAAUUUGGGCAAGAACACAGUCUCUAUGAGAAAGAGAUUCCAACAGGACAACCAGCAUCAGGGAAGAGACCACUCCCCUCAGGCGCAUCACACAGUAAAAUAUCUAUGGGCUCCCCACGUCUCUACCAAGAACUCCAGGACCUCAAGAAAGACUUUGAGGUUGUGGAGCACAUCACACAGUUGAUAAGUACACUGCAGGGCACGUAUCAGAACCUGAACAUGACCGUGGCUCAGGAUUGGUGCUUCGGCCUUCAGAGACUCAUUCGGCUUAAAGAGGAUGAGAUCCAGUCUGCCAACAAAUGCCACCUGCGUCUUCAGCUCCAACUGCCAAGGAAAUCUGACAAAUCUGGGCGACCUAUGAGUUUCAUGGCAGUUUUUAUCACUCCAAAUCCACUCAGCAAGAUUUCGUGGGUGAACCGAAUGCACUUAGCUAAAAUCGCACUAGGAGAGGAGAAUCAGCCUGGGUGGCUGUGUCCAGAGGAGGAGAAGAAAUCUAAAGCUGCCUUUUGGUGUCCUACAUUGGUUUGUCGUCUUCCUGCAUUCUCCACCAAAGCCUCUGACCUGCAGCUGGGCGGUGCAGUGCACACACCCGUACAGAGCUCACUCCUAGGCUUCUCAAAUGUCAGCACUUCAUUACCUCCGGGGUAUUUAUGGGUGGGAGGGGGGCAAGAAGAUGGUGCAGGCUACAUACAGAUCUUCUCAAUGAACCACACAUCUCCACGAAUGAUGAAAGCGUUUCCUCUGCCUUCCCGCGUGUUGUGUGUGGAGAAUGUAAUGGAUAGAUCUGCCAUGGAAGGCGGUGAGAGCGAAGAGGCGUGUACAUCUGCUUCUGUGCGUCCCUCUGCUUGUGUCGGUCUGCAGGAUGGGAGUAUUAUGGUGUAUGGCAGUGUGGAUACAGGGACCCCUUGCCUAAUGGCCCUGCAGAGUCCUGGUUUACAGCCUGUCCUUUGCCUCCGGCACAGUGCCAACUUCUUGUGCGCAGGACUACAAGAUGGCACUGUGUUACUGUACCCCAAAAAAACAAGGUAAGGAGGACUUUGGGAUCCAGGGAACCAAUCUGCAGUACAGGUGGGCUCCAGCCCAGUACGAUCAUUGAUAGUACUUGAUGGCUGUAUAUGGGCAAGCUGCCAGAAUACUGUGACCGUGCUGGAACCAGUGACUCUAAAAACCCAGAGCUUUGAAGCCCUGCAGGAUGAGGGGGUGAGUGUGACCCACAUGGUACAAGCCGGCGGAGGGGUAUGGAUGGCUUUCUCAGAGGGAUCUUCCAUCCGGCUUUUCCACACAGAGACACUGGAGCUUCUGCAGGAUAUCAACAUAGCAACUCGAUCCCAGCUUCUUCCAGGGCAGAAGAAUACUCGUGUAACAGCCCUACUUGUGUGCCAGGGAUUGUUAUGGGUGGGCACAGACCUGGGUAUCCUGAUUACUUUGCCGGUGCCAAAACUAGAGGGGAUCCCAAAAAUCACAGGUAAAGGGAUGGUCUCCCUGAAUGGUCAUCUUGGGCCGGUGAAUUUUCUCACUAUUGCCAUCAGCGCGAUGGCUCCAGAAGCGCUAAAGACUGAUUCUGAUUCUAGAGAAGAUAUCAGUGGAAGUGAUGGAACUCUGGACUCUAAAGAAGAUGCUCAGGAAGGACCGUCUCAAGACAUUUCCCAAGACAACCAGCCUCCCUUUCGUUUGAAAGGAAUACUGCUCCAGUACCGUCUACGGGGAACAUCUCACCUUCCUGGCCACCAUCUCUCUGCCAAGGAAGGCUCCAAGCUAGAGAGUGGUACUCUUGAAACCAAUGAAGAGGAUGGCUCCAUUUAUGAGAUGGCAGAUGAUCCUGAUGUGUGGUUUAGGAACCGACCAAGCAGCAGAGAUGCUCAUCGCAAGGAGAUAACCUCUCUAGUUGUAAUUUCAGGAGGAACUGGGUACCAGAGCUUUCAUCCAUCGCCAAGUAGCCCCCAGACAGGAGACAUGGACAGCACAUUGUUGAUGUGGCAGCUGCCUUUAAUUCUAUAGCAUUCAGUAUUUUUAUCACCCUCUUGGGUCUUAUGAACAUGAACAAUUUCUUUAUGCUGUAAAAAUGAUACAUUGUCAUUUGGUAGUCAGGAAUGUUUACAACAAAGUUUAUUUUUUCUAUCACAUCAAAUUGAUCUCUGCAUCAUGGUCUCAACUUGGAAUUCAUUAUUAUCAGAGAGCAAACUAACAAUCACGCAUUACUACUGGAAUAACUAUUCUGCUUCAAGUAAACACUGAAAUAACUAAUAGGGUUGUAGAUAUAGCCGUUGUGACGCUUAUAAAAGUUGGAUCAAUAAUAAUUGUGAGCUGUACCUUCAUACAGCAGAGGUAAGAUAGAUAUCAGUUGUACUGUGACUUGAGUCCACAGAUGUGCAGGGUAAUAAAGUUCAAAUUUGUAGGAAAUUUGUUACUUAAAGGGACAUAAUACUUAUUUGCUAAAUCACUUGAAACUGAUGCAGUAUAGCUAUGAAAAGCUUACAGGAAAAUAUCACCUGAGCAUCUCU